CAUUAGGUUGCAUUUUUCUCCUCAGCCGCCAGCCCCACAAUAGGUGUUACUGCUACUCCGGGACCAUGUCGUCGAUGAUGCCGCAGUCCGUUCAGGACGUUCAGAAGGCGGUCGAGACAAUGAUCGAGGACCUGCAGAAGAGCGUCCUCGUGCCCAAGCAGAAGGAGGCGUUCCUUUGCUGCGCUAAGUGCUGCGACAACUUUGACGGGCCUCGCGACCUUGAGUCAUGCAUCCAGCGCUGCUCGCAGCCCUCCAUGCAGUCCCAAAAGACCAUUCAACAGGGACUUGCUGACUUCCAGGAGCGCUUCCAGCGUGCUGCCAUGCGGUGUCAAGACGAGGUCAAGGACGUGCUGGGUUUCGAGCCCUCCAUGUCUGACCAGGCUCGCGCGCAGGACAAGUUCAACAGCUGCAUGGAGGUGGCGGGCAAGGAUUUCCUGCAAAAGGUGCCCAAGCUCAAAGCCGACCUGCAGGCGGCGCUGCGCAGGCACUGAGGAGUUGGUGGUGGCGGGCUGGGGAGGUGGGGAGCUGUGCAGGCCGUGAGGCAGCAGCGGCGGGAACACUGACCCUGACCGGCGGCUGGGGAGUUGGUGCAGGCGGGCUGCGGGGUAAUGAGGUCCCUGCCGGGAAGGCGGGGUGCUUGGGGGACAGCAUGGGAGGAGCCCGGAGGGGGGAGGUAAAGCAGCGGUGGGCCUUGGUGGAGAGAGCUGUUUGAAGGAGGAGGUCCUGGGCUCCUGGCGGAUUGGACGUUGAAGGUCAGGGGACGUAGCGUUGUGUGGGUGUGAUAUGACUAAAGACUUCGUAUCUCCCUGCUGCGCGUGCAAACAUCGGUGCGGAGUGCAUGCACUGCGCACGUUAAGCCUGCAUACCGCUAACGUGAACGUGGUGGUAACUUGAGAACAUGAGGACACGUCCAUUUGUUUUGGUUGUCUUGAAGGAGGGCGGCGUCGGAGUCUGUUCCCUGCCGGCCUUUCUGGUUACGGAAGGUCUAACGAGCCAUGAAGCACAACAUACCGGUACAUUGCAUAUGCCUUUGACAGUCCUUGACGUUGUACGGGGAUGGUGCUACGUGCAAAGUACGGCAGUCUAUCUUGUUGCCGGUGCUUGCUUUCAAGAGAGAUAAAGUUGAGGAGGGUAUUAUUGGUCCUUGUGCUCGCUUACACAGCUCGAAUCGAAGGUUGACCAACCAAGUUCCUGUGGCUUCUUUGUUUCUCCGCCCAGCGGAGAAGGCGCCGCAAUGCGCGGCUCCUGAGCAAAGCCCUCUGGCGCCACUACACUACCGUACAAGAGGUAUGCGGUCGUACGAGAAAACGAGCCUGUAACCCACACAACCACCACCCACGGAAGUUCGGACCAGUCAGGUGUAGCAACAAGGUCCACCGUUACCCCAGCAGGCAAACAUGGUUUGCAUUAAAACGCAAACACAAAGUAUUCAACAAGGGGGAUGCCACAAAAAUGGCUUUGAAACCACGGCAAACCCAAGCAGUGCAUGCACAAACUACCACCUGACACACACAAACGACACGCCUCCUGAGCCGUCCUAUUCCUAGGCCGUCUAACCCAGGACAUACACAAAGAGGGGUCCGACAACUGAAGAUGUGGCAAUUGUUGGACCGAACCUCCUACCUAUUGCUCAUGCUCAAGCCAU